GGAAGUGAAACCCACCAUUUUAAGCACAUGGAAACUCUUCUUUCUUGGGUGUUUAUGUGGGUCUCUUAUUAUCCUCCUUUUCAUGGAUAAAAUCCAACACAAUACAAAUACUUUAGGUGUUAAAAAUGCAUUGGUAGAUUUAACACCCAUUGUUACAUUAUUUAAUCCGGUGGAAGAACCAAGUUUAAACAUUAGCAGCAUGUUAGAAGAAAAACCGACGCAAAAAGGGCAUGCCGAAUGCGAUAUGUUUAAUGGAAGAUGGGUUUAUAAGGCUGAAGAUAAACCUAGCUAUAAUGCAGUGACGUGCCCUUUUCUGGAAAUUGGUGUAACUUGCCAAAAAAAUGGUCGCCCGGAUUUUGACUAUGCUAAGUGGAGAUGGGAAGCAACAGAUUGUGAUAUACCAUUGUUUAAUGGAAGAGACAUGUUAGAAAGGCUUAGAAAUAAGAGGAUGGUUGUAGUUGGAGACUCAUUAAACAGAAAUAUGUGGGAAUCUCUUGCUUGCCUUCUCUACUCUUCAAUACCUUCAUCCACUGUUGAAGUUGUUAAUUUGCCCGCUUCUAAGUCUUUAAAAGCCAAGGAUUAUAAUUUCACAGUAGAAUUUUAUAUGGCCCCAUUUUUAGUGGAUCUGGACAAAAAGCACGUAAGCGGCCGCAGAGUGCUAAAUCUAGACAGAAUAUCACCGUAUUCCAAGCAAUGGGAAGGCGCUGAUUUUAUGGUUUUCAACUCUGCCCAUUGGUGGACACAUGGGAAAGCUAUAAGAUCGUGGGAUUUGUUUAGGUACAAGGGAAAGCUAGUAGAAGACAUGGCAAAAGAAGUAGCCUAUAAACGUGGAAUGAGAACAUGGGCAUCUUGGAUAAAGAAAAACGUGGAUCCAAGGAAAACAAUCGUGUAUUUUAGAAGUGUAUCCCCUACACAUUACCAUCCUCAUUUCUGCUUCAAUGCAACUCAACCAUUAAUUGAUGCAUAUGAUGUAAAGGGAUUCCCCAAAUCUUUGAUGGACGUAAUUGAAAACUUAACCAAAAAAAUGACAAAAUUGAGAGUCAACUACUUGAAUAUCACCAAGCUUUCUGCGUAUAGAAUGGAUGCUCAUCCUUCUAUUUAUGAUAUGGAUAUGAACAAUAGUCCUAACAAGGUUGAAGAUAAUCUUAAACGACCUAUUGAUUGUAGUCAUUGGUGUCUCCCGGGAUUGCCAGAUACUUGGAAUAGAUUGUUAUAUGCUUCUAUUUUGUUGGACAUUUGAGGGGAUUUUCCUACUUUUAAUUCUAAUUUACACUUUUUUUUCUUAGUUAGUUAAUUAUUUUUGUUUGAAAUCUUAUUAAUAGUUUAAUAGGAUAACUAUAAUAAUGGGGAAGAUUUAGAUUUUUUUUAGUUCAAUGACCAUGUAAACAGUUGAUUGAUUUUACUUAUCUG